AUGUCUGAUCUUACACUGAAAGAUUUUGUGAGAGAUGUGUUCGUAAAGUCUGUCGAUUCCAUUGAACAUUCAGUAGUUGGAGAUUUGGUGAGCUAUGAAUGCCCGAACUGUCACAAAACUCAACACAUCAAAGAUUAUGAAGGAAAUGUAGUUGAAGGGUUGACUUGUCCUGCAUGUCAUUGCAGAAUAGAGCCCAUUGAAGAGGAAGAGGAGGAAUCGAGUGCAAAUUUAGAGAAGAAAUGA